UUGUUAGUUUUUUAAGUAUAAUAGAGUAUAAAUGGACGUUUAAAAGUGCACUUAAAGAGUGGCAAAGUUCUGUUUUCAAAAAGUAUCUGUACUGUAUGUGGAAAUGUAUAUUUCACUCUGUACCCAUUUAAAUUCUUUCUAAUCCAUGCUUGAGCCAGUUAAUUUGAUUCUGACCCCUGAUCAAAGCACUAAAAUAACUCCCAUAAAGCAGACAGUAGAUCAGUAAAAUGAUCGCUUCAAAUCAGCAAUUAUUAAAGUGGGUCAGAAACAUCCAGCUGGACUGAAUGAACUGAUGUGUGAUUGAGUACAAAUGAAAUUGCAAAACAGCAAAAUGAGCUCUGCCUUUUUAUUAUUCAUGGUACAGGCACUCUGAAAACAGUGUAUUUUUGCUUCAAAGUAUAAUUUAUUAAAAUUCAUGAAGACUUUAAGAUUAAUAGAAUUAAAAGGGGACAAAACAAAUAUUACAAUUCCUUGUUUUCUUUUUUUUAGGAGAGUCCCACUAAAGAGUUUGAUAAAAACAGAACGAUCAAAUUUGUAAUGUCAGAAGUGUUGGGUUACAAUCAAGGUGCAUUGUUCAUUUGCCUCUACUACUGCAAAGCUGAAAUGCAAGUCCAUCUUUGAGGAGGGAGCAGCAUUUAAAUUUGAUUUAUCUGGUUUUGCCAUAUUCUGAAAACUGAUAAAGCUAAUGCAGUGAAUACUAGACUGGUGCUGCACAGAGCAGAGAAUUAGGGAAAUGUGAUCAGCUUGGCUGACUUGAAAACUUCACUCUUGACUGGUUAUGGCUCUUGCAUAACAAGCCUACCAGUUUUCAGGCAAACCUGUUUCUAUGCCACCAUUCAAGGCAAACUUGGAUACAGAUAAUCCAAGCAUGGCUUGAAAGAAGCAGUAAAAUGAUAAUGUAACACAAAAAUAACUGAUUUAAAAAACUGAUAAUAAUCUGAUGACUAAGGGAUUCUCAAUUGCUUUACAUCUGAUUUUUGGACUGACCGCAUGUCAGGGGUUGAUGUUCUUGUUCAGGACUCUGGCAACAGAAGACAUCCCUGAAUAGGUUCAGGGUCCUGGUUCAGGUCCAGGUUCAGGGUCCUGUAAGAUCUUUUCGGAGGAGAAAUUUUAGUAAGGUCACCUUCUCCAUGGAAGAGGAGGUGUCCAUGGAGGACAUGGUGACUGGACACCUCCUGGUGACAGAUAGAGAAGAGGGUGGUAUUGUCUAGAACUGUGCUAAACUGGUUCAGAUCAUUAUUUUGGCUGCUGUCUGUCAAACAGGAGCACACAAUAUUAAUAAAAUGUGCAAUGUGAUACAUUGCUGGUGAAGUUGAUGGAUGCUGUUGAAUAUGACAGUAGGAAUUCCAAUAAGCAACCAAAUAUUUAGGCGAAACAUGUCUUCCUGCUCUGGAUAAACUGCAAACACAUAUUGUGGAUAAAAAGUAGUCCGUAUAAUGUUAAGGAUAUGAUUCUGUGUCUUUCCUCUAUCUCUUUUAUCUGCUUGCAUGCUCGCAUGCACACAUUCAUAUGUUAUGUUAAGGAAAUGAGUUCACAGGGGAAUACCUCUUUAGAGCGAAGCUUAGUUAAGUGCCAAAAGGAAUAGAAUCAUGUUGUUUAAGGUCACUCUGCUUGCCUACAAGUCUAUUUUUUUGUUGUUGUUGUUUCUACAUAUUACUACUUAUUUAGCUUUAAUACACUGAACUGGUAAUUUUAGUUACAUCAACAUAGUUUAUUAAAAUUGUUGCAUCUGACGACAUCUGUCGUUUGCUGUAGUUCCCUAAUGACUUUACCAGAACACUUUACCUCCUUAAACGCGUUGCGCCGCAAUAAAUGGCAAACCUCACCAACUUUCUCACUGGAACAGUGAGCUUUAAACCACAGAAUACUUAGUGAAUAUUUAUGAAACUCAAAAUGUUUGUUGCAAUGUGGUUGUUUUUUAAAAGAAUACUUUAACAGCGAUAGGUCGUACAAACCAAAAGGAAAAACAAAACAGCAUGUCCAGCUCCAAAUGGCUAAAAUAAAAGAUCAUUAAGACUGUGAGGUAGAAUAGUCAGAGGCCAAAGGUGAUUGUGAUUAAGCUGCUCAUGCUUGAAAGCCUUCCAGCGUGGCUGAUUAAAAAUAAUUCUGCAAAGAAGAGUGGCUCCACAGUGGUGUAAAAGACUCAUUGCCAGUUAAAACAACUUAAAGUUAAGUUGCUAUGUGCAACAAAGGGCUCACAAACAUUUUUUUCUUUAGAUUUCCUAGAUUCAAUGGCUAUAAUAAUUUGCUUUGAGUUUUAAAGGAACUUAUUUUUUUCAGGUUGUAAUAUUGAAAGUGCUCUGUUCAAAGUUAUUUUGGUUUCUUACUCUCCUCCCCUCAUUUGCAUGAGGUUGAAGCUUGUCAGACAGACUCCACACCCACUGUAGUAAGGGCUUAAUUAUUUUUUCAGGCUGCAGAAAGACUUCCACGCACUCGCGGUGUCAACUGUCAAGUUAGUUUUUCCUCUUGCAUGUCAUCAUGCGUUGGACUCUAGCUGGAUGCUUUGGAUACGUGUUGAUAAGUAUAUCAGUCGCCCUGCAGAUCAGCCAGAAACCCAGGUUCUAUGGAUUAAGACCUCAUAAGAAAGUGCCUAUUUACUGCCAAGUCUCACAUCAGCAUCUGAAAAGCGCAGUGGAGUGGCACAAAGCUGACAAAUACGGCGCAGACAAGAACAAGAUUGUGCAUGAUGAAAGAAUUCGGUUUGAAAGUCAACAUAUGGUCCAAAACGCUUUUCUUUACUUCAUGGACCUCAAAGUAGAAGACAGAGGAGUGUAUUACUGCUCAGUAAAUGGGACUUUUGGCCCUGGAACUGAAGUCCAAGUAGUCAGGCCCUAUGACCCCAUCAAAGCCCAGUACAGAAGCCAGAUGAAGGAUGGCCUUAUUGUCCUGCAGGGGCUGCUAUUGGGUGUUUGUAUCGGUGCUUAUCUACUGCGGAGACAAAAUCUGGUGAAAGAUAACGACAGCUUAUAUGAAGAGCCUGAGACUGACCACAUCUAUGAGGGCUUGGCCAUUGAGGCAUGUGGAGGAGGUCUGUACGAAGAUCUCACGGCGUACGCUCGGGCCGAAGGAGCCGAGGCCCCAUGGGAGUGAGAGCGACGUCUCCUGCCGACCCUUUCAUAUGGAGUAGAGUCAUAAUUUUCAGUUGUGCAGUGAAAAGCAGAUAGACAAGCCUCCUGUCGGGGGUGACUAUGUCUGCGUUUUACCCAGAAUAGUGCCGUUUUUGUCAUAUGCUUAAACGAUUUAUUUCUACACUUCCAGCAUUUGCCCAACAAAAUAACAGCAGCUGACAGUUCUGACCCAGCAGGGCAGAAAUAUCACUGCUAACUAAAUUCAAAGGACAUCGACACAAUUCAAACAACAACAAAGGACUUUCAUUGGUGGUAGUUGUAUGAAUGUAUGAAUUGUGUCCCAGGGUGGGUUUGUAAAUGUCAUGUUUUUUUUUUAAAAAAAAAACAUAACAUUUCAAGUUUGAUGUCUCUCAUCGUUUUAGAUUCUGGAUUAGGAACGAUCAAAUGAUUCUUUACAAAACAGUAAUACAGUCUUUUAAUUAAUGACCUGAAUACUGUAAUCUCAGGUAGCAUGCUUUUGGCUGAUUUUUGCGUUGAUAAUAUUAUACAUUUUCAUGUUGAUUGUGAAAGAAAUUGUUUGCUCUAACAUCUGAAACUUCUGCAGUUUUUUUUCUUUUCUUUUUUGGUGCUUUAUGUAAUUAUUUGAUUAACUUUGUUGUAUCUCAUUUUGUUACCAUUUUGUCACAUGAUAGCGGCAUACAACUGCUCUCAGCCUCAGCGAGGCUGACUUCAUGUUAAACAUCUGUGUGUAACAGAAAACAGAUCUCAGGUUGCUU